AUGCAGAAGAAAGAUAGAGCGACGCUUAUAAACGCUUCUGAGUGCCCAAAAGGAACGCAGCCAAAGCAGUGUCAGUGUGCUCGUAGUGAUCGGUAGUGAUGUGGAAGUUUGCAAUAGUAAAAAUAUGACGAAAAUAAGUCUGUUUACGAAUAUAUUAUUUUUAUUCGUUGCAAUAGUAUUUUGUGCAAUACCGCAAUGCUUAGCCGCACUGUCCGACAAACAAUUAUGUUACGACCCCAAUUGCUCGGAAGUGAUAUCCUUGGCAAAGACGAUACUAGCUUACGUAGCAAAUGACCGUGAGGUCAUGUCAUUUGGCAUUAAUGAAGAUGUCAAAGUUUUCAGCAAAGGAGCUGGAAAGAGGACUGAUUUAUGGGGUGUCGAGAUAAAUGGCAAACGUGGAUUUGCACCUAAAACAUUUUUAAAUGAAUACAAAAUCCUACAACGUAUCUUGUCGUAUGAAGUGCCUGUUUACAAGUUUACUGAUGAAGUCAAAGAUGAAGUUCAAAUAAGAACUGAAAAAGUACACGAAGUAUAUCUUUUGAAAGACAAGUUGCUGCAUGAUGACAAUGAGAUGUCUUCUUCAGUAAAGUCUUUAGAUAAAAAUAUACAGGGAGAAAAUGUUAAAUCUGAGAAACUUGAAUCUACAGAAAAAAUACAUGAAGUGCAUUCUUUUAUAAAAAAUAACUUAUUUAAUGAUGACAAUGAGAUGCCAUUAUUGUCGGCACAAUCAGUAGAUAAAACUGUACUGGAAACUGAAACAACUAAUGUAGAUAGUAUUUUGCCUUCUUAUGAAGUGAUAGAUGGUACUACAUUUUAUUUUGAGAGUAAACCAUCUAUACAGCAAAAGUUUGCAUCUGAGGCUAUGCAUGCUACUGCAUUGCCAAAUGAACAAGUUUCACUUUCUCGUACCAAUUCCAAAAUAGAUUCUGGCAACAAUGACGACAGGACUAGACUUAUUAACAAAAGAGAAGUACGACAUGAUACAAAUGACUUUAAUAAUAAAGAAAUAUUGGUAGAUAUUCCUGAAGAAACUAAUACCAAAACACUAUUAAAGAAUGUAGAAGCAAUAAUCAAUCCAACUGCAGGUACAGUAGGAAAAGAUGAUGUUUUAUUACAUGAUGUAAGCAGUAAAUCUACAGAGGAACUAUCUAAAGAUCUAGAGAAUGAAGAUAAAUUAGUGGAUAAUAAUGUUAAGAAGAAUAUAGAAUAUAAGAAAGAAGAAGCUGCUGAAAAUAUUGAAAAUGAAAGCAUAUUUGCCUCAUUUGCAAGAAAAUUUAAUAUUUUAUCCAAUUCCCUAGAAACUGCAACAACGGAAACCACUAGUCUAAAUGACAAUGAUUUGUCUACUUUUGAAAUUAACACUGAGAAUAAAGCUGUAGAUAAAGAAAAUAUUCCAGCCACUGAAACAUUAUUGUGCAUAGAUUCAAGCAUUAUGAAUAAAAAUGAUGUAAAAAUACAAGAAAUUAUAGACGAGAAUAUUCAGACAAAAUUUUCAAAUGAGAUAAAGCCAGAGAAAGAAACAAUCACAGUUAGUUUGGAAAAUGCUGCAUCUCGUGACGUGCCUUUAUCCAGUAAUUUUGUACAUGAUGAUGCUUAUAAGCCUGCCCAAGAUACGUCAAUGGAAUCUUCAGUUUUAAUGAAUAAUAGCUCUGUUUCUAAAGAAGUUGAUAGUAACACGGAAAAUAUCAAAAUACAGGAAACAAGUAAGGGCAAGAAAAUUAUGGAAAAUAUUAAGAUUGAAAGUGCAACCGUUUCUUUUGUAGAAGAAUCAGUGGUUUCAUCUGAUGUGAAAGAAACUACAAUCAUAACAAGUACUAGCACUCAAAGUAAUAUUGAGCAGACAUCACCGGAAAGUGAUAAAGCAUAUUUAGAAAAUGUAAAAAAAGACAUUCACAAAGAAAGUAUCAUUCAAGUGAAUAAUGUUGCAGUUGUUGAUGAGAUUCCAGAAAUUAAUAAUUUAUUGUCAGUUGAAGAUACGCUCGAAAAUGCCAGAAAAGAAGCAUUGCCAGUUGUCAAAGAAGAAAUAGUAAUUAUUGACAAUUCAUUAAAUCAUAAUGCUGCAGAUAUUCAGCUUAAUGCAAAAUCAAUUGUACAUAGUAAUAAAAAUGAUAAUUUAGUGUACGAUGAUAGCUCUGGCAGUGUUCCCAUAAAAUCUAACGAAUUCUUUAAUGACGUAAAAUCUAACAUUGUUGGUCCAGAACAAUCUGCAGAUUCUAGUCAAAAGAACAUGAUCUCAGAAGGAAAAUGGGUCUUCGAUGAAUAUCUCCGUAAUCGGAAUUUAGCGAACACCAAAGAGGAUUUUGAACAUAGAAAUGUUGAAAAUCAAAUUCAUAGCUCUGUAAAAGGCAAUGAUAAAACCUUGCUUGAAUAUGGUGAUUACAUAAGCAGUGAAAACAAGAUUUUGCCUAAAAAUGAAGAUAUCAAUGAAGUGACUUUAGAUAACGUUUGCUCACUUGAUCAUGAAUGCACAACCGAAAAUAUUAUCCAGGAUAAUUUCAAGUUAUUGAAAAAGGCAGAAAAAGAGACAGAGAGAGAGAGUGAAGAAGAUAUGAUUGAUGUAAUAAUGACAGAUUAUAAUUAUUGGAAAACACUGAUGUAUCUAGCUGUGACAGCUUUAACAACACUUAUAUUUACUCUUGGAUAUUAUUACAUUGAGAAUAUAAGAAGAGAUAGUCAACUUAUAGCGAAAAUUAAUAAACUGGAGAAAGAGCUAUUGGUCUCAACGAAAGAGUGUGAAGUACUCACUGAAGACUUAAAGUCUACUAAAAAAAAGUUGCAUUGCAUAGAAGAUGAAUCAUUUGGUUCUAACGAAAUGGUUGUAUUGUUGAAAGCUGAUUUAGAGGCAUCACAGAGUUCGAAGGCAGAAUUGGAGGAUCAAGUAACCAUGUUGGAAAAGGAUUUAGAAAGCGCAACUGAAGCAGGAUUGGAAUUAGAACGUAUGCUAAGAGAAGUUUUGUCAUCGAACAAUGAAGUCAAUCCUUUAGCUCAGUCAGUGGAAGAUUUGCAAGCUCGAUUAGAUGCUCAACAAGCUGCGAACGAAUCCUUAACAAACGCGUUGAACCUUAAGUCUCAAGAGAUUGAGAUUUCAUCGGCAGAUCUUGUCGCUGCUAAAAAGAAAUAUGAAGAACUUGAAGUAGAAAUAUCGCGCGUACAGGAGGAGCUAGACAGUCAGAGAAAUUUGAAGAAUAAUAUAGAACAAAUGUUCACUGAUAAAGUAUAUUCUUUGGAAACGCAAGUAAACGAAUUGUCUUCUGAGAAGUCAUCGUUAUAUAAAGAAUUGAGAGGCAAAGAGAUGGAAGUGAAAGAGCUUGUAGAAGUUAUCAAUCAGGUCAAUUCAAACAACUUAGACUUGGAAAAGUUGUACGAUGUAUCUCGUGUUAAAAUAGAAGCGGUACAACUGCGCGAAGAAAGAGACGAAUUAAAGACGCGAUUAAGUGAUAUCGAAGGUGCCCAUCAAUUAUUAGAAGAACACAUGAAACUGGUUAAGGAAGAGAUAGCCGCAUUAAGUGAACAAUGUAAACUGGCCGAAAAAGAGAAAAAAGAUGCAGAGACACGGUUGGAGGUGUUGUCGAAAUUUUUCAAGGAGAAAGAAGCUGAACGUCAGAAGGAAGAAGCAAUUUGGUUGCAAAAACAAGGUGAGGUUGUAUCGACUGUAGAAAGGAUACACAUGAUGCAAAAUGAAAUACAGAAUUAUAAGCAACAAAUAGAAAUGUUAAAACGAGAAAUAGUAGAACAGGAAAGAGAAUACAAAAAUCAAAUAUCUACUUUGGAAACAAGAUCACAUGAACAAUGGGUUAUUGCUCGUCAAAAUGAACGUCGUAUGGAAGAAAUGAGAGCCGAAGCUAGUCAGUUACGUAACCGACUCACACUUGCAGAGAAGAACUUAAACGACAGCGAUUCUGAGACAAAGUUACAUCGCUUGGAAGCGAACGGGGAAACUGCAACCUCGCCACCGUUGUUCAUAGGAGCAGAAUCAUCCAGUUCUCCUGUAAUGUUUAGUUCAGGUGUUCCACCGCCGCCCCCGCCUUCCUAUCUGCAUUGUUUCCCGACGCAUCUACCGCCUGUAUUACCCCUCGCUUCUGGCUUUGUGCGUACUCAGUACGACAGUCUUAGUCAACGUCCUCCACCUUUAGGCGGCCGGUUAUCAUCGCCCCCGCCACCAUUACAUCCCCCCGCUUCUGGGAGUAGGUACGAGAACGCGAGUUCUCCGCCACCCCCCAUGUCCCCGCAUUUACUUCCACCGUUUAAUCGUCAUAGAUCGCCACCACCGCCGCCGUUUGGUGGCGAUCACAUCCCGCCUUUUCCUCUACCCGGCUCGAUAGUACCUCCACCCAUCGGAACGAUACAUACAUGGGCAGAAGAAUCAUUACCACUUCUACGCAGUUCUGGUUUUCAUCCGCAUCAGCGAGAGCAACGUACGCGCAAUCACAAAGGUUCCUUACAUUCUUCGGGAGAAUCAUUGGAUAAGGCACAUCAUGGGAAAGUCUAAGUUUUUUGUAUCUGCUAUACAAUACACUUGUACAAAAGCCAAAUCUAUCACUGUAACAGUGACAGACUUACAUAAAAAUAUCAAAUAAAUAUCUAAUGAAAUAA